UUGUGAUUACACUUUUAUGUCCUUCCCCUACAACUCUAUACUUCUCCCUUUCCAACCAACUCUAACACUGGUUUGGUGACGUCAGAUCUAGCUUCCCCUUCCUACCAUAUGAUCAGGUCAACUGGCUUUCAAAAGGCAGUGUUUCAGAGUCUGGACUCACACAUCCUCAUAAUCGGCACUGAAAUCAUCAUGGCAGAAGAGGGGAAUCCUGUUCGUGGUGGUGUUAUGUUGCUCCACACUGAAAAAGAAGGGAAACACUCAUAUGAAGUGAAAGGCUUUUUAAACCAUAACAAAGGAAUAUUCGCGAGCAAAGGAGAUAAACUUAUAAUGAUAAACAACAAAGAUAUGGAAGAUUUGACUCCACAGGCAUUUGCUAAGCUCCUGGCUGAAGGAUCACUCUUACUUACCAUACACCAUUCGCCCAAAAUCAAAAUCGAAGAAUGUGAAUCUGAGGAAAUCAGUGUCCAUACAAAGGAGUCGACAGUCAUGAGAUUCAGCCUGAUGAUGGUAAGAGAGGAAGAUCUAGAAGCCACUGUAAUCGAACCAACGCCAGAGUGGGAAAGCAAAGACAUUGAGGACGACUCUUUCAUUGAUGACACACUUCUGCUUGUCUCCAUGGAUGACACAAGGUUCAUUAUGAUCAUUGCUCGGGGCGGUGACCCUGACAACCCUUGCAACAGCUGUGGAGGGACAAAUUGCCAAUUUAAUGAAGUUGUUGUCCUGCCUGCGAGAACUGAGAUUACCCUUAAUUCUUCAAGGAUUUUGAAACAAGUCAGAGAGAAACAUAAUAUGAUUUUGAAGAGUUUCCUCAUAGGAAAGUAUGUCACCCCACAAAAUCAGCAGAUGUGUUUAAGUGACAUCAUGUCAGCAAAUAUCACCCUCUACUAUUACACUGCCACCAUCCCAGACAUUAAAGGUGUUCCUGUUGUACUAAACUUCACUGACACAGAAAACUUCUUCUGCUGUACCUCCAAGCAAGGUGAAGAUAAGAAGUUUUUAACAAUCGUGAGCCACAGUAAAAAUGACCUUAAAAGCAUCUGUCCUGAUGACCGAGACAAAUGGUCUCUUGUAUUCUUCAUGUCUAGUGGGAAGGACACUCUUCGGUAUUUUGAAUCAGCUCUUUAUAGAGGAUGGUUUAUUUACACACAAAGUGUAGAUGAAGUGAACAUGAAAAAAGACAAUGGUCAACGCGGUGACUUCUCAUUCAUAAUUCUGAGUGAUAAAAGGUCAGUCUCAUCACUUCCUCUUCCUGCUGCAAAAAAGAAUCUAUAUCAUCCGAGCACUGAAGAAACAGAAGAGUGUGAAUCUAAGGACACCCGAUGCAAUAAAAAGCAGAAAUUCAUAAGGUUCAGCCUGUCGAUUGAUGAUACUGAGAUGGGUGGGCAUCAGGAGCCAUCAGACCCACAACCAAAGAGAGAAGAGAAGGACAUUGAGGAUGACGGUUUCGAUGAUGACGAUCUGCAUCAUGCCCUGGCUAACAUGAGCUUGAAUCUGGUUGUUGAUGAUGUUAACAACCCUUUCUGCAACUGUGAUAGUCAGUUUAAAGAAAGUGUGAUUGUGUCUGAGAAAGCUGAUAUUUCCUAUAUUACUGCACAAAUUUGCAAAGUGAUUAAAGAACAAGAGAGUUUAUUCCUGAAGUCAUGGGAAGGAGGCAAGUAUGUUGCAUCAAGACGAAAUGAGAUAUGUUUGGAGAGCACCAUGUCAGCAAAAAUUACCAUCUAUCGUCGCAACUUCACUGGCAGUGUCACCAAUUAUAAAGAUGUUCCCAUUGUGCUGAACUUCACAGGCACAGAUAACUUCCUGUCCUGCGACAAACAAGGAGAGGAAAAUAUUUAUUUAAAAGUUAAAGUGUACGACAGAAAAAAGAUUUCUAAUCAUGACCCAGAAAUAUUAUCCCUUAUUUUCUACAUGUCUCAAGACUAUGAUGGUCUCCGGUAUUUUGAGUCGGCACGCUACAGAGGAUGGUUCAUGAACACUAUAAAUGAUAAUGCUGUGAAAAUGCAAAAAGGAGCCAGAAGUUGCUUUGUCACUGAGUGAGAUGACACCGA